GCCUAGACUCGGCAUUCAGAGCUCUGUGCACAUUCACUGUCAGUGUUUCACGAGGAUCAGUUGAAUUGCGAAGAUCUCCAUUUGCCAGGGCGCUUUCAAAGGUUCACUGUCUCACGCAUUCAUUGUUACAGCAGGCUGCUGCCGUUUUGCGUGGGCAGGGUCGUGCUGCCUGUGCAUUGUCAGGUAGCUUCCUGCUUUAGGAACCUGUAAAAGAUGCAAGACGAUUUGGAAGGUUCUUGCCUCUCUUUCUUUUGAUGAUGCAACCGUUUUGGAAGUGGCAGUGAGCGCAGAGUUGUCCACAGCAGAAGUCCAAUGGCUUCAUCCUCUCAGCUUCUCCGCUGCAAAUUUAGCAAUCAGUUGAGCGGCAGCCAAAGUCCUCAUGGAAUGCUGGCGCAACCACAUUGCAGACUGCAGCUAUUUAAACCAUCGCAUGAGUUGUUGAUGAGCGGUGGUCACAGAAGGUUCAAUGCAUUCACACAGAGGGCGGGAAGCCUCUCGGGCCUCGUUUUUUCGGUGCAUCAGAAGCGAAAAACGUUGCGGGUGCAAGCCUUCCACAAAAGUGCUCGAGAGGCCAAAACAAAAAGGACUUCAAAGACUGUCAAAGCGUGUGUGACAGACAAGCAGGCAGAGCAUCAGGAGGAGCAGGAGGUGUAUGCUGCUCCGGAACCCUUGACUGUGAUUGUAAAGGAAGGAAGGAGACCUGACGAGCUCCGGGCUGCGGCAGUGCUAAGAUCAAACAGUUUCAAUGUAUAUCCACCGGGCAGGUCGGAAGCUGCAGCAAAGGAGGCUUUGGUGAUUGCAGCGAACCUCAGGAGUCUAGAGAACAAGUUGCGGUUGCUUUACAAGAAGGCCUGUUGCUUGCUUGCAAUUCAUCGGAAAGGCAGUCCUGACAUUGGGCCAGGAGAGGUGGACCCCCGAUGUCAGAUCUCGAACAGAGAGGGCAAUUGGUGGGUUGUAGGCACGCUAGAUUUGAAUCAAGGCCAAAAGCUACCAGGAGAAGAUCUCGUAGGCGACUUCCCCUUGGGCCCGGAUGCUGGGGAACGGCGGGCCUACCUCUCCAACGUCUGUGUUGAGAACGCGGUUCGAAGGAGGGGGGUAGCUCGGAAGCUUAUAGAAGAAGCCAAAAUACUUGCGAAAGAGUGGGGCAUCGAGGAAUUGUACGUCCAUGUACUUGCAGAAAACACAUCCGCUCGAAACCUGUACCUACAAAUGGGGUUCGUUUACGAGAAAGAGGAGACGCCCCAAACCGCUCGAUAUUUAGGCAGGCCAAAAAGACUACUCCUUAGAUCACGUCUUACAAAUGACUGACACUGUGUGUAGUUCAAAUUGCUAUUGUAAAGGAGCAAGUCACAUAUGCUAGGAUGCCGCAGAUUCAUAGUUUACCAUAUAAGAAACAGUAACAGCCCAAGCGGCUUCUGACUCGGGCCACUGGUUGCCCUGAGCCGAGCCGCUCAGCAACGAGCAGGCUUCAAGGUCAUUGUUGAAGUCGGUCGGGAAUCAAGCCUUGAUUCCCGACCUUGAAGGUGCCAGACAAAGAUGCGCUCUUUGAGCUGUCAAUCACAAACUUAGGGCACUCGGAUAUAUAUACAGCCGCGAAUCAUGAAACCUCAUCAUUGAAGGUUUUCGACAAUCAACUUUCGAGCGG